AUGCCUCGUGGUCAGAAGAGUAAACACCGUGCUCGGGAAAAACACCAUCAGGCCCGUGAAGAGACUGAAGAUCUGCUGGGUGCCCAGGCUACUGUAUCAGAGGAAGAUGAAAAGCCCUCCUCCUCUGCUAGUUUCAAGGGUAUUCCCUAUGGUUCACUUGCUGAGACAGUUAGCAAUCUCCAAGGUUCUAGGAGAACUCCAUCCACAACCACUAAGGCUACAUCUAUUGCAUACACAAGACCUAAUGAAGGUUCAAACAUCCAAGUGAAGGAGAAGGAAAGAUUCACACAAGACCCAGAAGCCAAUGAGAACUUCCCCAAAGGCCCUCUAAAUGAGAAGGUAGUGAUAUUGGUACAUUACCUGCUACACAAGUAUCAAAUGAAAGAGCCUAUUACAAAAGUAGAAAUGCUGAAAAAAGUAAUCCAAAUUCACAAGAACCACAUCCCUGAGGUCUUGAGAAGAGUUUCAGAGCACCUAGAGUUGGUAUUUGGCCUUGAUAUGAAAGAAGUUGAUCCUAACAGGCACAUCUAUGUCCUAAUCAACAAACUGCAAACAAGCUCUGAUGCAAGGCUGAGUGAUGACAGAAGAGUGCCCAAGACUGGCCUGCUGAUGACUAUCCUGGGUGUGAUCUUCACAAAGGGCAACUGUGCCACUGAGGAACAAGUCUGGGAAGUGCUAAAUAUGAUGGGCUUCUAUGAGGGGAGAGAACAUUUCAUUUUUGGGGAGCCUAGGAAGCUCAUCACCAAAGACCUAGUGAAAGAAAAAUAUUUGGAGUACCAGCAAGUGGCCAACAGUGAUCCUCCACGUUACCAAUUCCUGUGGGGCCCAAGAGCCCAUGCUGAAACCACCAAAAUGAAAGUCCUCGAGUUUUUGGCCAAGAUCCAUGAAACUGUUCCUAUGGCCUUCCCAUCCUUGUAUGAGGAGGCAUUGAUAGAUGAGGAAGAAAGAACCAGUGCAAGAAUUGCAGCCAGGGCUCGCAUUAGUGCAAUGGCCAAUGCAUGUUUCAAGGCCAUGCCCAGCCACUCCACUCACCCCUAG